UGUGGAUAGUCCAGGAGUUCUGUUGGAUAGACAGACAGGCAAUUGGCUGCACGGCUGCAACCCUCACUCUUUCUACCUUCUCGAGCAGGAAUAUAAAGCUCUCACCAGAUCCAUUUGGCUGCUGUUGAAGGAAACAGAGGAACUGUUUUUGAGUGGUUCUGAGCACCUGCCUGUGUCAAAAUGAAUGACACUCUGCUGGAUGAUGAGUCCUUCAUGUUCACUUCGGAGUCUGUCGGAGAAGGACAUCCAGACAAGAUAUGUGACCAGAUCAGUGAUGCUGUCCUGGAUGCUCACCUGAAACAGGACCCAGAUGCCAAGGUUGCCUGUGAGACAGUGUGCAAGACUGGCAUGGUGCUGCUGUGUGGAGAGAUCACGUCCCGGGCCAAUGUAGACUACCAGAAGGUUGUCAGAGACACUAUCAAACACAUCGGCUACGACAACUCAGACAAAGGUUUUGACUAUAAGACGUGCAAUGUGUUGGUGGCUCUGGAGCAGCAGAGUCCAGACAUCGCUCAAGGUGUCCACAUCGACAGGAAAGAGGAGGAUAUGGGAGCUGGAGACCAGGGUCUGAUGUUUGGCUAUGCUACAGACGAGACAGAGGAGUGCAUGCCUCUCACCAUCGUCUUGGCUCACAAACUGAAUUCCAAGAUGGCCGAACUCAGACGCAACGGAACCAUCCCCUGGCUCCGCCCAGACUCUAAAACACAGGUGACGGUACACUAUGAGCAGGAGAACGGGGCAGUGAUCCCUAUAAGGGUCCACACCGUGGUCAUCUCUGUUCAACAUAACGACUUCAUCGGCCUGGAGGAACAGAAGAAGGUGCUCAAGGAGACGGUGAUCAAGGCAGUGGUUCCAGCUAAGUAUCUGGAUGAUAAGACCAUCUACCAUCUGCAGCCCAGUGGACGCUUCGUCAUCGGAGGACCCCAGGGUGAUGCUGGAGUGACGGGUAGGAAGAUCAUCGUUGAUACGUACGGAGGCUGGGGGGCCCACGGUGGUGGAGCUUUCUCUGGUAAAGACUUCUCCAAGGUGGACCGCUCGGCUGCCUAUGCUGCCCGCUGGGUGGCCAAGUCCCUGGUCACGGCCAAACUGUGCAGGAGGGUGCUGGUUCAGGUAUCCUACGCCAUCGGAGUGGCCCACCCUCUGUCCAUCUCCGUGUUCACCUACGGCUCAUCACAGAAGUCUGAGAGAGAGCUGCUGCAUAUCGUCAACAAGAACUUUGACCUACGACCUGGUGUCAUCGUCAGGGAGCUGAACCUGAAGAGGCCAAUCUACCAGAACACAGCGUGCUACGGCCACUUUGGCCGGAGUGAAUUCACCUGGGAAGUCCCUAAAGAGCUCACCUACUAAACAUCCCCUCCUGGUGGUCAAAUAUAUAACAAGCUUAUGUGGAGAUAGAAAACAGGCCCCCUCUACAGGCUACAACCACAAAUGGUUCUGCUUUUUCAUUGGCUAGUGUUGAGGUUAAAGGGAUACUUUGGGAUUUUGGCAACGAGGCCCUUUAUCUACUUCCACAGAGUCAGAUGAACUUGAUUAUGCUAGCAGAUCCCCAUAGACUUCCAGUCAUUGCGCUAACACUAGUUAUCAUUCGCUUGUGAAACUACCUCUAACUUCCUUCAUACUGGACACAGUUAUGUAAAAAUGGUAGAGGUAGUUUCACGA